UUCUUUUCCUCUUCCUUCCCCUUCUCUUUCCAAAAAAACAAGAGUUAAAAAAAAUGUCACUUGUAACACCUUGGCUUCGUCUAAAAUCUACUCCCUUAAGCCCCAAUUCUUGUUUUUUAAAGAUAUAACCAAAUCUAACAUCACAAAGGAAAAAUAAAUUGCUCUUCCCAAAAAGACCCACACUUGAGAUUUCAAAAAUCUACACACUCAACACCUCAUUUACUACUUCCCUCCCUUUAAUUCUUCCCAUUUUCCUCAAAGGGAAAAAUAAAUUUAACCCUAAAUCUCUACUGUUCCCAUUUCCUUCCUAGAAGUUGUCAAAAGGGUUGAAUUCAUUUGUUGGAUUCUUGAUUUUACAACUCUUUUUUAACUAAAAGGGUCUCUCAAAAUUGAUUUGAAUCAUCAGAAAAACAUCCAAGUUCACAUUUUUAUGUUAUCAUUUGUAGGAUUCUUGAUUUUACAACUCUUUUUUACUUAAAAGGGUGUCUCAAAAUAGCUUUGAAUCAUCAGAAAAACACCCAAGUUCACAUUUUUAUGUUAGUUUUAGGUUAUCACUUGUGGGAUUCUUGAUUUUACAACUCAUUUUAACUCAAAGGGUGUCUAAAAAUAGCUUUGAAUCAUCAGGAAAACACCCAAGUUCACAUUUUUAUGUUAUUUUUAGGUUAUCAGUUGUGGGAUUCUUGAUUUUACAAAUCUCUUUAACUUAAAGGGUGUCUAAAAAUAGCUUUGAAUCAUCAGAAAAACACCCAAGUUCACAUUUUUAAUGUUGUUUUUAGCUUCUUUGUGGUUUGGUUCAUUCAGAUAGUUUCUUGUCUACUUUUUGGUGACCUGUGAAUGAUCUGAUAUCUUGUUCUUUUAAGGUGCAUUUGAAAACUAAAGAUGUCUGAUGAUAUGGUUAUUCAUUUUGCAUCGAAUUCGUCGAACCAAUCUGACCAGUCUUUGCCUACGAAGAUUGCGAAACUCGAGGCAAGAAUGGUGGGCAAAGGCUCAUCUGUUACAUCUCAGGCGAAUUCGUGGUCUUCCCCAGCUAUGUUUGGUGCUCCUGAGCAUGUUGCUGAGCCUGCUGUUUCUAGUGAUUCAGAUGAUGAUGAUAGUGGAGUGGAAUUUCUCAUACAAGCAAACACUCAGAAGCGGCGCAAACUUGAAGAAGAGAACAGCUCAAAUUCCUUUGAACAUGUGGAGACAGCAGCUGAUACAGUGAAAAAGAAUGUAGAAAAUACAGAAACAAGCAAAGUGGGUUCAGAUGUGAAUAGACGAAAACAAAGCCGCAGUAGGGGACAAACUAAUUCUGGUAGAGGGCGUGGUUCCCGAGGUAGUGAUCAGAUGAGGUUACAAGCAGUGCCUGUGUCAAACGGUCAGUUCGAGAACUCUUACAAAAAGUUGCAAGAUGGUUUGCCUAAAGAGCAAAUUGGGCAUGAUGGACAGGCUGUACUAGAAGAGGAGAUCACUUCUUUACGGGCAAAAAUUGUGUCUUUGGAGGAAGAGCUUAAGAAAUUCCGUCAAGAGGCCUCAGAUUAUCAACAUCAGUGUCAACAGCUGGAAAAGGAACUGAAGGAUAUUAAAGACCACGAGCAGCAGACAAAGCCAAAGAGAACGAAAAUAAUAUCCGAAUUGUUGAUAUCUGUUUCAAAAGCUGAGAGACAAGAGGCGCGGAUGAAAGUGCGCCAGGAAUCUUUGAGACUGGGCAAUGUGGGAGUAAUCAGAGCUGGAACCAUUAUAUCUGAGGCCUGGGAAGAUGGGCAAGCAUUAAAGGACCUCAAUGCUCAACUUAGGAACUUAUUAGAAACAAAAGAAGCUAUUGAGCGGCAGCGUAAAUUGCUGAAGAAACGACAACCAGAUAAAAGUGAUGCAGGAGAUGCGGAGGGAGGUUUGCAGGAAGAAGACUCUCUCAUUCAGGAUGAAAUCUACAAAUCUCGUUUAGCUAGCAUCAAACGAGAGGAAGAUAUGAUAAUGCGUGAGAGAGACCGGUAUGAACUAGAGAAAGGAAGGCUGAUUCGUGAAAUGAAACGCAUUCGUGACGAAGAUGGUUCUCGUUUUAACAAUUUUCAGAUUUUAAACCAUCGAUAUGCCCUCUUAAAUCUUCUUGGAAAAGGAGGAUUUAGUGAGGUGUAUAAGGCUUUUGACUUGGUAGAUCAUAGAUAUGUUGCAUGUAAGCUACAUGGACUAAAUGCUCAGUGGAGCGAAGAGAAGAAGCAAAGUUAUAUACGACAUGCAAUCAGGGAGUACAACAUCCACAAGACUUUAGUGCACCAUCACAUUGUGCGGCUUUGGGACAUUUUUGAGAUAGACCAAAACACAUUUUGCACUAUCUUGGAGUACUGUAGUGGGAAGGACCUUGAUGCAGUUCUCAAAGCAACACCCGUGUUGCCAGAAAGAGAGGCAAGAAUCAUCAUUGUGCAGAUUUUUCAAGGCCUUGUUUACUUGAAUAAAAAGUCACAGAGGAUCAUCCAUUAUGAUUUGAAGCCAGGGAAUGUUUUAUUUGAUGAGCUUGGUGUUGCUAAGGUCACUGAUUUUGGUCUAAGCAAGAUAGUGGAGGAUGAUGUUGGAUCCCAAGGCAUGGAGCUCACAUCCCAGGGAGCUGGAACGUACUGGUAUCUACCUCCUGAAUGCUUUGAGCUAAACAAGACACCUCUUAUAUCCUCAAAGGUUGAUGUCUGGUCAGCUGGUAUUUUGCUAUACCAAAUGCUGUUUGGUAAGCGGCCUUUUGGGCAUGACCAGUCACAAGAGAGAAUAUUAAGGGAGGACACAAUUAUUAAAGCAAGAAAGGUUGAAUUCCCUACAAGACCAGCUGUAUCUAAUGAGGCGAAGGAGUUUAUUCGUCGUUGUUUAACAUAUAAUCAAGCAGACAGGCCAGAUGUUUUAACUAUCGCCCAAGACCCUUACUUGACAUACACAAAGAAAUGAUAGGAAGUUGUAAUCACCACAACUUGGGCAGUGGGUUGUACCUCUCGUCUAUGAAAAUGGUUGCUCGCCUAAUGUUGGGACAAGAAGUGGUGCUUGUGGAAAUUUGUACAGUUGUAAAGCGUGUAAUCUUUGUCCCUGUAACUUCAUCUUUUCUGCCCCCAAUUUUCCAUUUUAGCUUGUUCUCUUCCCGGAAACUCUUUUGCGCCAUGGUUAUUUCAUGUUUUUGAAAUUCAGUGAGUGUAUUGAUGAAACUCCAUGGCGAAUUAGGAAAUGGAUUGUUCAAAUUCUACCUGUAUGUUGGUAGAGGUUAUAUAUGUACUUUGCUUGAACAAAAAAGCAUGCAAGAGAAGUGGCAUGAUGAAAAGAUUUCAUCACCUAAUGUUUGUUCUUCAAUCUUAACAAGUUUAUAACUUCUGUUUACGAAGACAAGCUGUGUAUUUGGUUUUUGAA